GCUGUUUUAACGCAAAUGUACACUACAAUGGUCGCAGUUCAUAUAGUUUUUGUAUUUCUCUUCAACAGUAUUUUUCACUGUAAUAUUUCUGUGAUGCACUAAGUGCCGCUGUUGGUCAGUAUGUUCGUGUUUUAAACACUCAUUUUUAGAUCCUCCUCCACUUUCUGACAUCAUACAGUCUGCAGAAUAUCUCUUUCAUUCGGACGGUCUCUUUUUAACACUGAAGCGUCGAGACAUUCACUCCUCAGUGUUUUCGGGUGAAGAUCGAUUUUUCAACCUUUUUAAAUCUUUCGUUCUUUGUCUUUUCUUCUGUAUGGAAUAGAAGAUUUGGAUGAUGUCGGUUCUUUGUUGUUUUUACGCCCAGAGAGGCGCAUCUUCGACGCGGAUUUCAUCAUGGCUAAUGCAGCGUCUCGUGCUCUGCGUCUUUGUCAUGGCCGUUGCGCGCGGGCAGGUCCGUUAUUCUAUUCCAGAGGAGAUGACAAAGGGCUCUGUGGUGGGAAAUAUCGUUCAGGAUCUCGGUUUGGAUGUUAAGAGGCUGAAGUCUGGUCGAGCGCGGAUCUUUACGGAGGACAGUCGUGAGUACAUCGGUCUGAAUGUGGAUAAAGGGACGCUGAUAGUGAAAGAGAGGAUAGAUAGAGAGGAGCUGUGCGCGCAAGUGUCUCCCUGCUCCUUACAUUUUCAGAUCAUUCUAGAAAACCCCAUGGAGCUGCAUAGAAUUGAUGUGGAAAUAUUAGAUAUUAAUGACCAUGCUCCAGUUUUCAAGAAAAAGGAGAUUACAUUUCAAAUGAGUGAAUCUGCUUUGUCAGGGGCUCGAUUUUCAAUCGAUAGCGCUAAUGAUCCAGAUGUAGGUAUAAAUUCUCUUCAGACAUAUAAAUUAACUUCGUCUGAUCAUUUUACAGUUAAAAUACCUGCUCAUCUCGACGAAACAAAAUACAUAGAGAUGAUUUUGCAAAAACCCCUUGACAGAGAAACGGCAGAGGAACAUAAAUUGAUCUUGACUGCAUUCGACGGCGGAAACCCUCAAAAAACGGGCACUAUCAAGAUAAACGUCAUUGUUUUAGAUGCAAAUGACAAUGCGCCUGUUUUCAGUCAGUCGGUCUAUAGAGCUUUAAUUCCAGAGAAUUAUUCUAAAGGAUCCACUGUGUUAAAGGUUAGUGCAACUGAUGGAGACAUGGGGUCUAAUGGAGAGGUUACAUAUUCUUUUUCUCAGAGCAGUGAAGGCUCUUCUGGCCUUUUUAACAUUGAUUCCAGUUCUGGAGAUAUUACAGUUAAUGGUCCGUUAGAUUUCGAGAAAUACAAAAAAUAUGAAUUAUCCGUGGAAGCAACAGACAAAGGGGGGUUAAGUGAUAUCAGCAAAGUACAUAUUGAAAUUACUGAUAUAAAUGACAAUGCUCCAAUAAUAAGCGUAAUUUCAUUUUCAAGCCCCGUGCCGGAGAAUUCAGCGCCGGAGACUGUAAUAGCAAUGUUGAAUGUCAAAGAUUUAGAUUCAGGUAAAAACGGAGUAGUAAAGUGCUUCAUUCCUCAUAAUUUACCGUUUAAAAUAAAAUCAUCAACCCCGAAUUUUUACAGUGUAGUCACUGAUGAGCUUUUGGAUCGGGAGAUAAUCUCAGAAUAUAAUAUCACAAUAACUGCUAUUGAUGAGGGCUCGCCAUCUUUCUCUACUAAUAAAACACUGACUCUGAAAAUCUCUGAUGUCAAUGACAACGCCCCUGUGUUUCAGCGUCAGUCAUACACCGCAUAUGUGCUGGAAAAUAAUUCCCCGGAGUCUCUGUUUUAUCUGUUAAAGCGCAUGACAAAGACUCUGGCAAUAACGCGCGCGUUUCAUAUUUUCUAGAGGAUGUUCUCGUGAAUGGCGUCUCUGCCUCGACUUAUAUUUCAGUGAAUGCAGAGAGCGGAGAGAUUCUUGCUGUUCGUUCUUUUGAUUAUGAGCAAACA